AUGCGAGUUUGCUUUUGCUCUUUUAUUGUACUAUUUUCUGCAGAGAAUUGCAAAACAUUUGCUGAAGCAAUUUAUGAGAAAUCUUGGGUCUACAAGCAUAUAGUCGGUUUUGUGGAUGGAACAAUGCAAAAAAUUUGUUGUUCACAAGAGAAAGCAGACCAAAAGAUUAUAUAUAAUGGAUGGAAACACAUCCAUUGUCUUAAGUAUCAGGCAAUUGUGACACCUGAUGAUAUCACCAAUAGCCUUCUUGGUCCUUUCACUGGGUUCACUCAUAAUGUAAGAAUGUUUGAUGAGUCCAGGACAUUGGAUUGUCUCAUCUUGCAUCUGAGUACUUUAACUCCAGAAAGAAAUAGUGGUUUACACUAUGUAAUUUAUGGUGACCAAGCAUAUCAAAAAUUACUAUAUGUUUAUAGACCAUUUACAGUAUAUGAGAUAAAAGACCAUCCUUCUUUGAAAGAAGUUAACAGAAAGAUGUCACAAACAAGAGUGCAGGUCGAGAUGGAGUUUGGGAAGGUAUCACAGUACUUUAAAUACUGCAAAUAUCAUUAA